GCUGCUCACCAAGUUUUUCCCACAGGGACCUUCGUCUUCACUUUCCUCUCUUUGUCGUCUCGUCCUUUUUGUUAUCGUUCAUUCAUCCCCUCCUUUUCCACUCUAUUUUCUGUACACGAUUUCCACAAAUCUGAGCGCUCUCUCUCUCUCUCUUUCUUUAGGGUUUGCACCUCCACUCCAAACAUGGCUUCAACCAUCGACCAAGGAGGAGAAAGAGAUUUAGAGAAGGGACUCAUGGCUCCGCCGCCGAACCAAAACCCUCUGGCUGAGCCGUCGCCGUCUCCGUCUCCGUCGUCAGCGACUGCUCCGGCUCUAGUCUUGUCGAAUUCCGGCAAGCGAAUCGAUCAGGCUGGGAAGAAGAAGUACGUGAAGCAAGUGACUGGUCGGCACAACGACACCGAGCUGCAUUUGGCGGCGCAGCGGGGCGAUCUUGCGGCGGUGAAGCAGAUUCUGGACGAUAUUGAUACUCAGAUGGUGGGGAAUCUCAGUGGAGAGGACUUGGAUGCUGAGGUUGCGGAGAUUCGGGCCUCGGUUGUGAAUGAGGUGAACCAAUUGGGGGAGACGGCGCUGUUUACGGCAGCUGAUCGAGGUCAUCUUGAUGUUGUGAAGGAGUUGUUGAAGUAUGCGAGAAAGGAUAGUAUUUCUAAGAAGAAUCAGUCUCAGUAUGAUCCUCUGCAUAUCGCUGCGAGUCAAGGACACCAUGGAAUUGUCCAGGUGCUACUUGACCAUGACCCAGAGCUAAGUAAAACGAUUGGCCCAUCAAAUGCAACCCCUCUGAUAUCUGCAGCUACAAGGGGGCAUACAGCUGUAGUUAAUGAACUGCUGUCAAAGGAUUGUAGCUUGUUAGAGAUUUCUAAAUCCAAUGGCAAAAAUGCAUUGCAUUUAGCUGCCAGACAGGGACACGUGGACAUUGUGAAGGCAUUGCUUGACAAAGAUCCACAAUUGGCAAGAAGGACAGACAAGAAAGGGCAGACCGCAUUGCAUAUGGCUGUAAAAGGGGUUAACUGCGACGUGGUCAAAUUACUUCUUGAGGCUGAUCCAGCCAUUGUGAUGCUGCCAGACAAGUUUGGCAACACUGCAUUACAUGUAGCUACCAGGAAAAAGCGAGCAGAGAUAGUGAAUGAGUUGCUACGUCUCCCAGACACCAUUGUUAAUGCACUGACCAGAGAUCACAAAACAGCUCUUGACAUAGCCGAAGAGCUUUCCCUCUCCGAGGAAUCCUCUAAUAUAAAAGAAUGCCUUUAUCGCUAUGGUGCUCUUAGAGCUAACGAACUGAACCAGCCAAGGGAUGAAUUGAGAAAUACCGUGACUCAGAUUAAGAAAGAUGUCCACACGCAGCUUGAACAAACUAAGAAGACCAACAAAAAUGUUCACGGGAUUGCUAAAGAGCUCAGAAAACUACACCGUGAGGGAAUCAAUAAUGCCACUAAUUCAGUGACUGUGGUUGCUGUGCUUUUUGCUACAGUUGCCUUCGCUGCUAUUUUCACCGUACCAGGUGGGGAUAAAGACAGCGGAAUGGCUGUGGUGGCAGCCAACGCUUCUUUUAAAAUAUUCUUCAUCUUUAAUGCUAUUGCGCUAUUUACGUCCUUGGCUGUUGUGGUAGUUCAGAUUACGUUGGUUAGAGGAGAGACAAAAGCUGAGAGACGGGUUGUGGUAGUGAUUAACAAGUUGAUGUGGUUGGCUUCGGUUUGCACUUCCGUGGCAUUUUUGGCCUCGUCUUAUAUAGUGGUUGGUCGGAAACAUGAGUGGGCUGCAGUUUUGGUUACAGUUGUUGGGGGAGUUAUAAUGGUUGGGGUUCUUGGCACCAUGACCUACUACGUGGUGAGGUCAAAGAGGUCUCGGUCGAUGAGGAAGAGAGAGAAAAGUGCGAGAAGCGGAUCCAACUCUUGGCAUCACUCUGAGUUCUCCAACUCGGAAGUUGAUGUUGAUCGGAUUUAUGCCCUUUGAUCUGCAAAUUCGUAGCCGUUGAUAUUAGGCCUGUUUAUGUCUAUUUUGCUAGAGGAGAAGAGGAAAAAUGGUGGUUACUUUCAUUUUGUGCUGCAUAUAUGGAGUUCAAAGACUAUGAAGUUUGAAAUUUUGCUGGAUGGUGCCUACAUUGUGGUCUGAGUUUCAAAUCUGCCAAGUACUUGGCAUAUUGGUUAAAUGGCUUUGAGCAAAUUGGAGGGACCAAAAUAACUUGAGCAUGAAAUGAUGUGAAAUCAAUGCUGUCAUUUUCAGCUUCAAGAACACAGGUUGAACAUUUGAAGCUAUGCUAACAAUCAACAUGAUGUUGCGGGUGGAUAUUUCGACUUUUUAAUAUUCUACUUGUUUAAAUGUUGCGUAAUAUUCUCAGCUCAACUAUAUCCUUAAAACUUUUCUGAACUAUUUGGCAUCAUUAGCCAACACUGCAACCCCCAGAUACUGGUAUAGAUUUUGGGUAAUUGGUGGUUGUAUGGUAGCUAUCAUUUUCCGAGCGUCUACGGACGACAUUUGAAUGAAUUAUCCUUCAUGUUCCAUCUA